AUGCAGGAGAACUACGAAACGGUGACCUCGCUGGGAUUUCCUGUUCCCAAACCGGAGCUGAUCACCCGGCUGGAACGCGGGGAGGAGCCGUGGAUCCCUGAUCUCCACACCUCCAAGGAAUGGGACAUCCACAAAGGAACCCACACAGCAGUUCAUGAGGCGAUGAUGAGUGAGAACAAGGAGAAGAAUUCACAGCAGGAAGAUCCCGAGCAAGUGGAACUGCAGGGGAACUUUUGGAGAAGAGCCGAAGGGAAUUUUUCCCAGUCCUUGGAACAGGGCAAAACUUGGAGAAGUCGGCAGAGGCCAGAGAGGCAGUUGGGAAACCACCCAAUAAAGAAAGAGGAGGAAUCCAUUGAACGUAGGGUAGGAUGCAAGAAUCCCAAGGAAACCACAGCCCCACAGACAAAUCCCAAGAAAGAAAAACCCUAUAAAUGUCUGAGCUGUGGGAAAAGCUUCAAUCAGAAAUCGAACCUUAUCACUCAUCAGAGAAUCCACACAGGCGAAAAACCCCAUAAGUGCUUAGACUGUGGGAAAAGCUUCAGCCAGAAAUCGUCCCUUAUUAUACAUGGGAGAAAGCACACAGGAGAGAGGCCUUAUAAAUGCUUUGAGUGUGGGAAAUGUUUCAAUCAGGUCUCAAACCUGACUACGCAUCAGAGAAUUCAUACUGGAGAGAAACCUCAUAAAUGCUUGAAAUGUGGCAAAAGCUUCAAUCGGAAAUCGAACCUUCUUACCCAUCGGAGAACCCACACAGGAGAGAAACCCCAUAAAUGCUGGGACUGUGGGAAAAGCUUCAGUCAGAGAUCAUCCCUUAUGAAACAUGUGAAAAUCCACACGGGAGAGCGGCCAUAUAAAUGUCUUGAGUGUGGGAAAUGUUUCAAUCAGAACAUAAACCUUAUUACGCAUCAGAGAACCCACACGGGAGAGAGACCCUACAAGUGCCUGUACUGUGAGAAAAGUUUUACUGUGAGGUCAGCCCUGAUUACACAUCAGAGAAUCCAUACAGGAGAGAAACCCCAUAAGUGCUUGGACUGCGGGAAAAGUUUUAGUCAGAGACCAGCCCUUAUUACACAUCAGAGAAUGCAUACGGGAGAGAAACCCUUUAAAUGUCUCAAUUGCGGGAAAAGUUUCACUGUGAGAUCCACCCUUAUUACGCAUCAGGCAAUCCACACAGGAAAGAAAUCCCAUAAAUGUUUGGACUGUGGAAAGAGCUUCAGUCAGAGUUCAUCCCUUAUUAAACAUGGGAGAAUGCACACGGGAGAGAAACCCUACAUAUGUCUUGAGUGUGGGAAAAGCUUUAGUCAGAGAUCAUCUCUUAUUAUACAUGGCAGAAUGCACACAGGAGAGAAACCCUAUAAAUGUCUUGAGUGUGGGAAAUGUUUCAUUCAGAGGUCAAAUCUUGUUACACAUCAGAGAUCCCACUCGGGAGAGAGACCCCAUGAGUGCCUUGACUGUGGGAAAAGUUUCAAAGUGAGAUCAGCCCUUGUUACACAUCAGAGAAUCCAUACGGGAGAGAAACCCCAUAAAUGCUUGGACUGCGGGAAAUCUUUUAGUCGCAGAUCAGCCCUUAUUACACAUCAGAUAAUCCACACUGGAGAGAAGCCCCAUAAAUGCUUGGAAUGUGAGAAAAGUUUCAAUAACAGCUCGAACCUUACUAAACACCGGAGAAUUCACACAAGAGGGAGCGACUCUAGAAAUACCUCAACUGCAGGAAAAGAUUCAGUCCGAGCUCACACAUUAUUACCCAUCAGCGAUCCACAGAAGAGAGAGAACUUGAAUGUGGGGGAAUCUCCAAUUGGUGCUCCCACAGAAUCAAGCAUUGUCAACUCCACUCAACUUCAAGCGGAGCUAAUGCCAUGUUGGACAUCAGAGACUCCUCCACACAGCAGGGAAAUUCUCUCAGGGCCCUGA